AUGACGCUGUCGACGAAUGGCAAUGGCACCAGCUCAAAAAAGAAGAUCUCUUUCAUCGUGCGCGACGAGCAAGAGCCCCAACAUCGGUCGGCAGUGAGCGCACUGCAAUUCGAUUCAAAUUCCAAUCGUCUCUAUACGGGCGGUAGUGACACAAUCAUUCGAAUAUGGAACGUCCCGCAGCAUAAAGACGCAUUUUCGGCGCGAGGAGGCGUCCGUUCGCCGGGAAAAGCAUGCCCCGUCAAUUUCGUCGCGGCACUGGAACAACACACGGAUUGGAUCAAUGAUAUGAUCCUGUGCGGGCAGGGGAAAAUACUGAUUAGUGCUUCGAACGACACGACGAUUAAAGUUUGGAAUUUGGAUCGCGAGAAUCGCAAUAGUUGUAUGAACACGAUUCGAGCGCACAGGGAUUAUGUUAGCUGUUUGGCCUAUGCGCCGAUGGUUGAGAAGGCGGUCAGCGCGAGUUUCGACCACUCAAUUUAUAUUUAUGACAUUCCGAGCGGUGUGAAAAUCACAAAUAAUUUGAUUGGAAGCAAGGAUUCAAUCUAUUCGAUGGCCACCAAUCCGAUGAAUAGCGUUGUUUUGGCGGCGGGCACCGAAAAAUGUAUUCGAUUGUUCGAUCCGCGCACGAACGAGAAAAUCAUGAAACUCCGCGGCCACACCGACAACGUUCGAGCGUUGGUGGUGAGCGAUGACGGCAUGAAGGCGAUAUCGGCGGGAAGCGACGCGACCAUCCGCCUAUGGGAUAUCGGGCAGCAGCGUUGCGUCGCGACGUGCAUCGCCCAUCAGGAGGGCGUCUGGACGCUUCAGGUCGACUCGUCGUUUUCGACGAUCUACAGCGCCGGCAAAGACAAAAAGGUGCUGCGGACAAAAGUUGGCGAUAUCACGCAAAGCCAAUUGCUUUUUGAGGAUGAGGCUCCCGUUAAAAAGCUUCUGCUUAAUGAUCGCGAUAAUCCGACGUCGAUAUGGGCGGCGACGUGGCAUUCGAAUAUCAAACGAUGGUCGGUUCGCGCCAGCGCCCAAUUGUCGAUAGGCGACGAUGAGAAUUUGUUGACGAGCAAUUCGAACGGCAUUCAUCAUUCCAUGUAUAGCAAUAGCAGUAGUAGUAGCUCGUUCAUGCACGCGCCGCUUCAAACCGUCCCCGAAAUUGUGAUACCAGGCGCGGCGUCGAUAAAACACCACGCGGUGCUCAAUGAUAAACGGCAUGUGGUGACGAGAGAUUCGGACGGAUGUGUGGCGUUGUACGACGUUCUGGCGGCUCGAAAAGUGGCCGAUUACGGUAAACGGCCAAUCGACGAGGUGCUCAAAGAGCAUUUUCGAAAAGUGUUUGUGCCCUCGUGGUUUAGUGUCGACUUCAAAAGCGGAAUGCUUCAAAUCACACUCGACGAGCUCGACGUCUUCUCGGCGUGGCUUUCGGCCAAAGACGCCGGCUUCGAGGAUGUUGAGAAAGCCGACGUCAAAGUAAAUUAUGGUGGAAUGAUGCUUCGCUCGCUAUUCGAACACUGGCCGCAUAAUGAUAUGGCGAAUUCGGAUGGAGAGAAUGGCGAUGAGACGCAACGAGCGACGGCGAAUUUCAUCAGUCUGCCCGAACACACGCCGUUCAUUUUGUGCGAAGGCAAUGGUCGUCCGCUUCUCCGAAUGGUUGUCAAAGACGCGGCGAAAGAGAUCGAAGCGGGAUUUUUGGCGGAAAACGUUCCGCCGUGGAUCACCGACGUCGUCGAGCGUCGCCAAUUGCCGAAAUUCAUGAAAAUGCCGUUCUAUCUGUUGCCGCAUCCGGCGUUGAACGUGAAAACGCCGAAAAAGUUGGUCGAUGAAGAUCGCCUAUCCGCUACCGAAAUGCUGCAGGUUCGAAAGGUCAUGGAGCAUGUCUACGAGAAGAUAUUGAAUGUUAAUGAAGGCGCCACACUUGAGCAGACUCACAUCUCGUCGGUGGUGCCGAGUGUGCCUUUAAAUUUGAUCCACACCAAAUUGGAGAUGUACUGUAAUGAUCAGAAGCUCGAUCCUGACAUGGAUCUGCGGACAGUGAAGCACUUUAUUUGGAAGCAGGGCGGCGAGCUUUUGCUUCAUUACAAGCCGCUGAAGCCAUGA